AUGGUCCAUCUCUCUGCUGUCCAGAACGGCGAUGACGUCGACAAGAAGCUCAGCAACCUCUCCUUGACGGAGUGCGAUGACAACUUCACCACCACUAUCUACGGCUCCAAGUUUGCCCAGGAGCAGCUUCCCAAGCACAAGAUGCCCGAGCACGAGAUGCCCCGUGAUGUUGCCUACCGCAUGAUCAAGGACGAGCUCAGUCUCGAUGGUAACCCCAAGCUCAACUUGGCCUCGUUUGUUACCACAUACAUGGAAGAGGAAGCCGAGAAGCUCAUGACCGAGUCCUUCAGCAAGAACUUCAUCGAUUACGAAGAAUACCCCCAGUCUGCCGAUAUCCAGGCCCGUUGCGUCAACAUGAUUGCUGACCUUUUCAACGCCCCCUCUGAGGGCACCGCCGUCGGUACUUCUGCCGUCGGCUCUUCCGAGGCCAUCAUGCUUGCUGUCCUUGCCAUGAAGCGCAAGUGGAAGAUGCGCCGCCAGGCCGAGGGUAAGAGCACCGAGUCUCCCAACAUCAUCAUGUCCUCUGCUGUGCAGGUCUGCUGGGAGAAGGCUGCUCGCUACUUCGAGAUCGACGAGAAGUACGUCUUCUGCACCAGAGACCGCUUCCUCAUUGACCCCAAGGAGGCUGUCGACCUCUGCGACGAAAACACCAUUGGUAUCGUUUCCAUUCUUGGCACGACAUACACCGGUGGAUACGAGGACACCAAGGCCAUCAACGAUCUGCUCAUUGAGAAGAAGCUCGAUGUCCCCAUUCACGUUGACGCCGCCAGUGGUGGUUUCGUCGCUCCCUUUGUCAGCCCUGACCUGGAAUGGGAUUUCCGCCUGGAGAAGGUUGUCUCGAUCAACGUUUCUGGACACAAGUACGGUCUUGUCUACCCUGGUGUCGGCUGGGUUGUCUGGCGCGCCCAGGAGUACCUCCCCCAGGAUCUCGUCUUCAACAUCAACUACCUCGGUGCUGAGCAGUCUUCCUUCACCCUCAACUUCUCCAAGGGUGCUUCUCAGGUCAUUGGCCAGUACUACCAGCUUAUCCGCCUCGGUAAGCACGGUUACCGCACCAUCAUGAGCAACCUUAUCCGAACCGCCGAUUACCUCACCGAGAAUCUUGAGGAGAGUGGCUUCGUCAUCAUGUCUGAGAAGUCUGGCAAGGGUCUUCCGCUUGUUGCAUUCCGCUUCAAGACCGAGGAGGAGGGCGGUACUGCCGACCGCCACUACGACGAGUUCGCCUUGGCUGCCCACCUUCGAGCCCGUGGCUGGGUCGUGCCCGCCUACACCAUGGCCCCCAACACGGACGGAUUGAAGAUGCUUCGCGUUGUUGUCCGUGAGGAUUUCUCUCGCGCUCGUGCCGACUCCCUCAUUUGCGACAUUAAGCUCUGCAUCGGCCUCCUCGAGAAGACUGACCGCGAAACCGUUGCUCGCCAGCAGGAGUACAUCAAGACUCACGUUGCCGCUCAUGGCAAGGGUAAGGAUCCUUCUCACAAGAAGCACGACUUCAAGGGCGAGAAGCACUCCCUUCAGGGCAAGCAUGGCAAGACUCACGCCAUUUGCUAA